AGGGAAAAGUGUAUUUAAUGUGGCAGGCGGCGCGCGCGCUUUGCUGCUUCCUUCAUUGGAGCUCCGGUGGUCAGCUCCUCAUCAGCCGUCCUCAAAGUUCUGAGAAAAAAAAGGGGAGAAAAAAAACUGGGUCAGUUGCUGCUCCGGCUCCUCUUUUUGUUCCCUCCUCGUCCGCCUUGUUGUCCUGCGUGUUCGUGCGUGUGUGUGCCUGCGAUCAGCAUGCCACGCCACGAGCGACACCGAAGCGAGGAACCGGGGGCAACUCGGACAAACUGGCAACUUCUGCUCUGCAAAUGCACUUUAUAUUUAUUCCUCUUCAGUCUGGAACUGAGGAGCAGCGCUUCGGCGUUACCUGAGUCUGAUGACUUUGCUUUCAUCCUCGACGGUGCCAACGUCUGCCUGGGGGUGAUGGAUAAGUCCUUAUCCCUGAAAUCAAACUGUGAGGAGCCCCUCCAGCGCUGGAAGUGGGUGUCUCGUGGACGCCUGUUCAACCUGGGCUCGUCUCUGUGUCUGGGUAUAACCACUGCCAACGUCACUUCCUCAAUGGAAGCGUAUCCUUUGGGUGUGUACACAUGUGACCGAGAGCCCCCCAGAGUCGGCUGGACCUGGAACUGCGAGCAGGUUCUGGACAUCUUCAACAGUAUUCACACCACCUCGCUCAGGAACUCGUCCUUCACCGCAUCAUCCCUGAUGCUCAAGUGGAAACUCCAUGGGGAUGUGCAGGACCUGUGCUCCAAAAAAUACCAGGACAUCUAUACGAUCCAGGGUAACUCUCAAGGGCGACCCUGCCAUCUGCCCUUCCUGUAUGAUGGCCAGUGGUUUCAUAACUGCACAAGCAUUGGGCGUGAAGAUGGUCACCUCUGGUGUGCUACUACAUAUGACUAUGGCCAAGAUGAGCGUUGGGGGUUCUGUCCCAUCAAGAGCAGUAGCUGUGAGACGUUCUGGGACACCGACCCGUUGACGGACAGCUGUUACCAGUUUAACUUCCAGGCUGCCCUGUCAUGGAGCGAGGCUCGGAUCAGUUGCCAGCAGCAGGGGGCGGAUCUGUUGAGCGUCACCAAGCUGCACGAGCAGACUUACAUCAAUGGUUUACUGACUGGCUACAGUGCUGCUUUAUGGAUUGGCCUCAAUGACCUGGACAUCAGUGGAGGCUGGCAGUGGUCCGACUCCUCACCACUCAAGUAUCUAAACUGGGAAAAAGAACAGCCAAACCAUGCUGAUGAGGAGAACUGCGUGGUGAUAAGGACAGAAUCAUCAGGUCGUUGGCAAAACCGAGACUGUUCUGUUGAUCUGCCAUACGUGUGUAAGAAGAGACCCAACGCCACCAUGGAUCCUUUCACUACUGAUUCAUGGACAGAUGAUGAGAAAUAUGAAUGUGAUGUGGGUUGGCAGGCGUUCCAGGCUGGAUGCUACAAGCUGAAUUCGGAGAAGACGGACUGGAAUGCAGCUCAGAAAAACUGCCAGAAGGUGGAGGCGAAUCUGGCCAGCAUUCACACCCUACCUGAGCUCGAGUUUAUCACCCGCAGUUUAAGGAAAGACAUUGAUCAGUUAUGGAUCGGGCUCCAUGACACCGACAUGCAAAUGGACUUCCAAUGGACCGACCACACUCCUGUCAUCUUCACCUACUGGCACCCAUUUGAACCCAAUAACUUCCGCAACACCCCAGAAGACUGCGUCUCCAUCUGGGGCGCUGAGGGUCGCUGGGAUGAUAGCCCCUGUAAUCUGACUCUGCCCUCCAUCUGCAAGAAACCAGGAACAAAGAGUGAUGGGAAACCACAGCAGCAGGAUUGCAAUCAAGGCUGGAAGUGGCACAGUCCAGCUUGUUACUGGGUGGGAGAAGAUCUGCUAACCUUUGAAGACGCCAAGAAAUCCUGCGAGUCGCACCAGGCGGCUCUUGUUCCCAUUACAAACAGGUUCGAGCAGGCUUUUGCCAACAGCUUGGUGUUUGGCCGCUCUGGAGAGUCUUUUUGGAUCGGCCUCUACGAUCAGGGCAGUCCUGGAUCCUUUCACUGGCUCAGUGGAGACGGAGUAUCCUACACCAACUGGAAUCGAAACGAACCAGCCAAGAUUCAGAGCGGCUGCGUUGCCAUGGCAACAGGCAUCGCCACCGGUCUGUGGGAGGUGAAGGAGUGUGCGUCUGCAAAGGCGAAAUUCAUCUGCCGUCAGAACCAGGACACGUCUCUAAGCCCGGAGCCCCCAGCCCCUCUGCCGACCCCCAGCCUGAGCGGCUCCUGCCCCAGCGGCUGGAAGAGCAACAGUAACCUGCGCUACUGUUACAAGGUGUUUCACUCUUCCCAGAUGGAAAACAGGCUGAGUUGGCUGGAUGCUCACCUGUUCUGUCGCAGACAUGGAGCCCACCUGCUGAGUAUCAGCGGCCCUGAUGAGGAGCACUUUGUGCUGCAGGUCCUUCAUGAGGCGUUCGGGGAGUCAGAGGAGCAUGAGCAGCACUGGUUUUGGAUCGGGCUGAACCGCAGAAACCCAAUGGACAACGGCAGCUGGAAGUGGAGCGACGGCAUGGCUGUAACGUACCAGAACUUUGGCCGCUACUACUACAAUGUGCGUCAGUGUGCUGCAGCAGACUUGGGAGCAAUGACCUGGCUGGCUAUGCACUGUGACUCAGAGUUAGACUGGAUUUGCAAGAUUCCCAGAGGAAGUGUUGAAAAACUUCCAGAAAUUACAGAAGGCAACACUUCACCAGAAUGGAUCAUGUUUAAAGAGGCGGAGUACAAAUUCUUUGACCACCGCACCACUUGGGAUCAAGCACAAAGAAUCUGCUCCUGGUUCGAUUCUUCGCUGGCCUCGGUCCACUCAGCCGAUGAGCAAAUGUUUCUGGCCAACACUUUACGCAAGAUGGUGAAAGUGGAAGGUGACAGCUGGUGGCUGGGGCUUCACACCUACGAAAAUGACGGCCGUUUCCGCUGGUCAGACCACUCUGUGCUCAACUACAUUUCCUGGGCGCUCGGCCGGCCGCACCCCCUCAGUCGUGACCGCAGAUGUGUUUCCAUCUCUGCCAGCAAAGUGGACUGGUCUGACCAGAAGUGCCACUCUGACCUGCCUUACAUCUGUAAGAGGGUCAACGUUACCGGGACAGUUCCUCCAACACCAUCAACUCCACACCCACCAUCAGGUUGUCCUGAUGGAUGGGCUUCCUAUCAGCAUAAGUGUUUUAAAGUGUUCGAUCAAUCUCCACGAGUCACAUGGUCCGCAGCCAAGUUGAAAUGUGACACGCAGGGAGGAGUUUUGGCAGUCGUGUCCAGUCCUCUGGAGCAAGCUUUUGUUACCACUUUGCUAAAGUACAUCAGCGCUGACCUUUGGGUGGGUCUGACCUCAGACCCUAAAGGUCACUUCCAGUGGGCUCAGGCUGGUCUGCUCAGCUACACCAACUGGGCACCUGGAGAGCCGCUGGACAACAGUGGACCCCACCACAACAAGACGCCGGGAAACUGUGUGGUGAUGAUUCACGGCAAUCCUGAGAAGAAAGUUGGCAUGUGGGCUUCCAAAGCCUGCGAGAUGGAAAAUAACGGCUUCAUCUGUCAAAAGCAGCAAGAUCGAGGUCUUCCUCCGGCUCCGCCCCUCAUCCCUUCCUCCCUGUCGAAACCUGUGGAGCUGGGAGGCGUGACGUACAGGGUGGUGAAGAAGCGCCUGGACUGGACCAGCUCUCUGCACAUCUGUGAAUCUCUGAAUGGGACUCUGGCCACAGUAAAGGAUCCAUACCAGCAAGCUUACCUGACUCUGCUCAUGAACAGCCUCCACCAGCCAGCUUGGAUCGCUCUCUACAACUACGGCGGGCGGAGCUUCACCUGGCUCGGCAAUGAAGAUGUGGUAUAUUCAAAUUGGAAAGAUGGGGAGCCCAAUCAGAUGGCUGGAUGUGGUCACAUGACCACGACUGGACAGUGGACAAUGACCCCCUGCGACUCCAAACUGGAAACUGUCAUCUGUCAGAUUGCAAACGAGUCUGUGAGUCACCAGUGGACCUACCCGGGACAAUGCCCCCACUCUCUGGGAGAAUGGGCAUGGGUCCACUUCAGGAAUCACUGUUACGCCUUCAACUUGCAAAGUCUCAAACUGCAGCAGGAUGCACACAAAUCCUGCAAAAAAAUUGGAGCAGAGCUUCUCUCCAUCAUGGAUGAGGCAGAAAACGGCUUCAUAUGGGAACACAUCCAGAGCUAUGCGGAGCAGGCGCACGGAGCUUGGCUGGGUGUCAAAGUGAAAGGGAGAGGUCUUGUGUGGGAUGAAGACAAAGAGAUGUUGUACACCAACUGGGAAACCCACAACGUUGCCUUUUCUGUGCUGUCAAUCAACUCCUGCUUCUGGAUCCAGAGCAACAGCGGGUUCUGGAAGCCGGGCUCCUGCAGAAAUCGCACACAUGGAGUCAUCUGCAAGCGGCCGCGAAGUGUUGACACAUCACCUGUGUCAGUGGAUACUGACCACGUGCCGACGAUCAUUGUCGCCGUGGUGACGGGCAUGCUGUUGGUGCUGCUGACAGUCACUGUGAUCUACCUGUACCGCCGCCGAAACAUGGGCUCGCAAGGCUCCUACAAGGGGGCCCGCUACAGCCGCACCAACUCCAACCUAGCGGAGCAGACGGAGAAGAACAUCCUGGUGUCGGACAUGGAGUUGAACGAGCAGCCGGAGUAGCUCCAGCUGCACGUUCGAACUGAGCUCACACAGCAGAGGCUGGUUCCUGAUACAUCCAUCUGUAUCAUGUAUGGUCUUUGCCUCUUUGAAACCAAAAAGAAUAUUUGUAAAUUGCUGAAAGGCUGUGUAAGGCACAGAGGAUGACUUUGAAACUGAUUCUGCAGCUUAAAUGUUUUUUUUUUUACCAAGUCCUUUAUUGCCAGGAUAUUGUAGUUGUAAAUUUCUUUUCACUAAAAGUCAGAAACUUCCAGCUGCUUUUAACCAAAAGUGUAGGUAGGCUUCCCUGAUUUUCUGGGUUUUGGUUUUUCCCAGCAUAAAACUGUUUCGUAACUUUUUUAAGUGGCAAAGUCAAUUAUUGUAAAAAAGUAUAUUUUAAACAAGUUGUUCUUGUUUUGGCUCGAAGCCUCAUGAUGUUUCCACUUUGUAGAUGUCCACUCAUCUUGUCUUCAGACCAAAACUCUCCUUCAGAUUUCCUUUUGUUGCCGUGGCAGUAUUAACCAGAACUUGAACUGUCUUUUUUUGUUGUUAUUUCAUUUAUGCUAUCUACCCAGCUGCAGGAAACUGGUACUUUUAAAUGCGCCUGCGGUUUCGUGAGCCUGCCUCUCCCCUCUUUUCUGGUCUGACACGUCGGCAGCAGCUGUCAGCCGAGAAGGGAGGACGUCCGAAUGUGAACACGUUGAAGGUGACAGGGACCUUAAACCGUCUUGAGGGCAUGCACUAAAAAUGUGCACAUAAGUAGAACUUUGCAUGGAAGCUGGUCUUUAAAUAGCCAACAUUGUCUUUUUCAGUCCAGCAGGAGCAAGGGUUGUCAUCACAUGAUGGGACUUUGAGCCACAUUUUGGCACUUUUUUACUCAGAUCUAAUUUCAUCCUCCGCUUGGCUGCGUUCAUUCUGUUCUGUGAUUCUUGAUGUUUGCUUUGGCUCUCUCUGUGCCCCCAUCUGGAGCUGACACAACACUUUUUCCGGGCACUCAUUUUCUUUGUGCGCACCAUGAAAAAAUGGUUUGUAAUUUGAUAUCUGUCUGCUCCAUCAUCUCUUUACGACAUGCAGCUCCCUUCUCCGCAUUUUUCUUUUAGUCAUUUUCAAGAUGUAACACUUAGAAAAGGGAUUUGACCUGCACAUGGCUUGAGAAGUGUUUGGAAAAAUUCCUCUUUUACGGGAUAAUUGUAAAGGAAAUCAUCCCCUUCUUGCAUAAGUUGUACAGUUUAUCUGGUGUGUAUGAGCCAAAGGAUGUUCAAAGAGAGUUUUUGUUAACAGAAACCAUCUGUUUUUUGUCUUUUGACAUCAUGUUAGAAUUUCACUUGAGCACAGAAUGUAAUGACUGGAGCUAAUUUGCCUCCUGAAACGUUUAACCUCACUCCUUCAGUUCUGGGCCGCUCUUUUUCCCUGCGAGCAGGAAUGCUUUAGAACCUUUUUCAGAAAAGUAAAAAAAGAAAAACAUUUUGCUCCCUGAGUUGGACGAAGAUUGGUGGACAAGGCAGAGCUGUGUGAGUGUGUGUGUGUGUGCGGGUGUGUGAGUGUGUGUGCGGUCUCCAGCUGUGGAAUGUUGAGUCUGCAGGAAAAGCUCACUGACACAUCUGGAACCAAUCAGAGGAGGAGGAGGGCUUUGGGACACAAAGGGUCAAAGAGAAAAAAAAAGAAAGCUGGAAAACUAGGAGGGGGAGGAAAGGAGGAGUCAGAAGUGAAGGUGGAGAAGGAGGAGUUGGUGGUUACUCUGUCCUCUGCUGGUGGAUUUCUGUGCAGGUUGCAGUUUGAUCAGUGACAAUGAGGGAGGAUUUAAAGAUGCAACCGUGAGCAUCUUUGUGUUGCAGGCAGCAGCUUUUGUCCCUUUGAAAAUACCUGAAAUUCAAUUUUUAUAUGAAAUUAAUAAAGUCUACAUUAUCAUA